AUGUCUCGAAGGGCGCCUGCCGACCGCGCAGCCCAGAAUGCCCAAACCCUCAAGGCUCUUGUCAAGCUCGAAGGUAACAAGAUCUGCGCGGAUUGCAAGAGGAACAAACACCCACGAUGGGCAAGUUGGAACCUGGGGGUCUUUAUCUGUAUUCGAUGUUCUGGCAUCCAUCGAGGCAUGGGCACCCAUAUCAGUCGAGUGAAGUCGGUGGAUCUGGAUGCCUGGACCGAUGAACAACUGCAGAGUAUCCUGAAAUGGGGUAAUUCAAGAGCGAAUAAAUACUGGGAAUCCAAACUUGCACCCGGACACGUGCCGUCUGAAGCGAAGAUCGAGAACUUCAUCCGCACAAAAUACGAGUCUAAGCGAUGGGUUAUGGAUGGCCCUAUUCCGGAUCCUUCCACCUUAGAUGACGGUGAAGACGACAUGCCGCUGAAUAUUGUUCAAGAGAAGGCUAAAAUUGAGAGGUCGGCUUCGCAGCGAGCAACUGCUACCCAGCCGCGACCACCACAACCGCGUGCAGCGCCGAACGUCGACCUGUUCGAUGAUUUCGCCCCUCCGCCUCCAGCCAGACCUAGCACUGCAGACUUUGCAGACUCGAGACCGACAAAAACUGCGCCACCUGCACCAGCACCUGCACAGGCUGCGAAACCCGCAGGAAAACCACAAGACUCUCUGUUAGGGUUGGACUUUUUUGGGAACGCGCCGUCAGGGAUUGGACGACCAUCUAGUGCAGCUGCAAAUCCAACAUCAUCAGCAAACAGCAGAGGGGACCUCAAGAGUUCUAUCUUGUCCUUGUAUGCCAGCGCCCCAAAACCACAACCCGCUCAAACCCAGCAUGACCGCCAACCAUCAAUGGGAGGUGCGGCGUCACCGCCUCUGGGGAACCAAGGCGCUUUCGGUGGUUUGGCUGAUGCUUUCGGUGGACUGAGCUUCUCCAGCACAACCACAUCACCGCCCCCGCAACCACAGUCAUCUUCAGCCUUUUCUGCAUUUAGCGGCCUGACGAGCACGGGGCCAAAACCCACACCCUCAGUUGGCGCUUCGCCGCCUCCUCCCUUGAGUGGCGGUAGUUUCUUCGAUUCUGUACCGUCGAAAGCACCUGCUGUCAAACCGACCGUCACAUCAACUUCUGCGUCUAACGGCUUGGACUUUGCGUUCACGCAAACAGCAUCGGCACCCCAGCCUGCGGCGGGGCCAGCACCAUCUACAUCGUCUCUGCCAGUCGAUCUCUUUGCAGCCGACGACUUUGGUGGGUUUGCAAGCUCUAUGCCUGCAUCGCCUCCUAAGCCAGCUAGCACAAGCGUCGCCUCGGCUCCAACCAGCACUGCAAACACAGGCUCGCCGUUCAAUCUGUCCUCUUCCACCUCCUCUGCACCUAUGCCCGCGCCACAACAAGCUCCACAGACAUUCAAAUCACCAGCGGCGCCACAAAACAAUGCUGCACUGUUUGACCCAUGGGGUUCUGGCAAUGACAGCAGUCCUUGGGGAGCACCAGACCAGGCGCCCGCACCGCCCGCGCAGCCCAAAGUGGAACUGGGGAAACCACCAGCUCACAUAACAGCCAACGACAUUCGUGGCGGAUGGGCGGCUCCCAUGUCAUCGAGCAACAAGCCUUCUCAGCAACCGACGGUGACGGCAGACGAAGACUUCGGAGGAUGGACCUCCGCACCGACGACCCAGACCCCUUUUAGCGGACCAGCGAAACCCAGCGGUGGUGGAUUUGGAGGCGCAUCGGAUCCCUUUGACAAUCCCUGGGGUUAG